AUGGAUUGUACUCAGGCACAUAAAGUUUGCUAUGGGACACAUAUGCUAGCAGUCGAAGCUGACGACUGGUGGCUAGUAACUCUUCAAAGAUUAGAAGCUGCAGGUGAAGAAAUCACUUGGGUUGUGUUCCGAAGAGAGUUUCUGAGGAAGUAUUAUCCUGAGAGUAGGGCUGCUCCGGGCCAGAGAACAAGUGGGGGAGAUGCUCCUGCUCCGAUUGUGUGUUUUAAGUGUGGAAAGGUUGGUCACAAGAGUACUUACUGCACUGACGAAGUUAAGAAGUGUUUCCGUUGUGGUAAAACUGGUCAUAUGAUGUCUGAAUGUAGACAUAAAGGAGUGGUUUGUUUUAAUUGCGGCGAAGAAGGACACAUUGGAAGUCAAUGUCAGAAGCCGAAGAAGGCACAAGCUGGUGGUAAGGUGUUCGCGUUGGCUAGUACUCAGACAGGCACUGAGGACAGACUCAUUAGAGGUACUUGUUUCAUCAAUAGUAUGUCUUUAAUUACUAUUAUCGAUACUAGUGCUACACAUUGGUUUAUUGUUGCUGAAUGCGUUGAAAGAUUGGGUCUUGUGUUAUAUUCUAUGAAUGGCGAGAUGGUAGUUGAGGUUCCAACUAAAGGAUCUGUGACUACAUCUCUUGUUUGUUUAAAGUGUCUGUUGUCGAUCUUCGACAGGGACUUUGUUAUUGAUUUAGUGUAUUUGCCGUUAGCCGGGCUAGACAUACGACAGUUGUUGGAAGAAGAAGCAGAGAUGUUCUCGUUGAUGGCAACAUUGUCAAUCGAGAAUCUGAAUAUCAUCAAUGAGCUACCUGUGGUGCGAGAAUUUCCUGAAGUUUUUCCUGACGAAAUCCCUGACGUGCCGCCAGAAAGAGGAAUUGAGUUUAUGAUUGAUCUUGUACCUGGUACCAGACCUGUUUCUAUGGCACUGUAUAGGAUGUCUGUGUAA